UUUUUUCAAACCCAAAUGCGUCAUGGCUCCCCAGUUUUUAUUCGAUUUCCAACUUAUCCUUCUGUUACUACUGAUUGGCCGACAAAAUAUGGGAUAUAAAAUGCCAAACGUGAACAUAGAAAUGUUAAAUGAACAGGGGCUGAAGAUCUCAAUACCUGAUGAGGCAGGAAUGCAACGUGUCUUUGUAAUGCUGCAAGUGGAUGGCAGCUGUCCAGCUUUAAUGGAUUACUUAACUCAAGCCAAUAAUGGCAGUUGGACCAGUGUACAACGCAUUUGGCUGCAAAACGAUGAUAAGUUGCAAGUCUCGCUGUUGGUGCAGUACAAUAAUAAUAUCUACGAGAAGAGUGAGACACGUGUGAUACUCAACACACGUUUUCUGAUCACCCAAGAAAGAAAUACCGUCAAUAUCUGGCGAUCCAAAGCUCUAGAGACCCUCAGCAACAGCAACGAAAAAAAAUGCCAGCUACACCUACCAGCAGACCAAAAACUGUUUAAAUAUUGCAAGCCAACUAAUAGUAUUACGAGUAGAAGUAGUAGUAGUCAAGUUAUAUGUCAGGGUGAGCUUCUUUUUGAAGAUGACUUUAGUGAAGGACAGCUGAAUAGCAGCGUUUGGAUGUAUGACAUUCGUCAGCGUAUGUAUUAUGUGGAAGAAGAGUUGGUAGCAUUUGAUGAUUCGCCGCGAAUUUCGUACUUGCGUGAGGGACACCUACACAUUGUGCCGAUGGUGGCCAACGAGGUGACAGAGGGAGUUUACAAGCUAGGUGAUCGCUGUACGGCUGUUGAUAACCGUCAGUUGGAGUGCAGUAUUUCCAAAGGUAGUUUCUUUAAGAUUAAACCACCUGUAUAUUCAGCUCAAUUGCACACACGGAAGAGCUUCAGCUUUAAAUACGGAAAAAUUGUGGUGCGUGCUAAGCUUCCAAAGGGCGAUUGGCUCUUUCCAUAUAUGAUGUUACAGCCAGUUUCAACUUAUGCAGAAACCCACUUUACCAACCAGCUUCGUAAGUAA